CCAUUAACCGUCAAUUGUCUCCAAAUCUAAUAGGAGUACUACUAAUUCCCAAUAAAAUAAAGCUCAAAAUUAAUCAGAGAAAUUGGUUGCGCCAAGAAACAUCAACCCAAUGUCGAAAUCAACAUUCCUCGGCGCCCCAAUCCUCCUCGUACCGCCGUCCACCGCCGUCUGCCGCCGCAGACUGAAAAUGUCGGCCUCCCAAAACCCCAUCACGACCGUGACAAGACUCCUGUGGGGCCAAUCCCUCCCCCCAAACCUCCUGGUCUCCACCGCCCGCUCCACCUGGUCCGCCGCCUGGCACCUCAUGAUGUCCCAGCUCGCCCCCUCCGACUCCGCCGGCCGCUACACCCGCCCCUCCUCCCCCUUCCGCCUCUCCCCCCCCACCACCACCCGCUCCCUCCACCUCUACGUCGGCCUCCCCUGCCCCUGGGCCCACCGCACCCUCAUCGUCCGCGCCCUCAAGGGCCUCCACUCCGCCGUCCCCCUCUCCGUCGCCUCCCCCGCCGCCGACGGCCUCUGGGAAUUCCGCCCCUUCGCCGCCGACACGGACACGGGCGUCGUGGCGCCCGGUUCGGACGGGGCGAAUGGGUGCAGGACUCUCAAGGAGGUGUACAAUCUGCGGCGCGGCGGCUACGGCGGCAGGUCCACGGUGCCGAUGCUGUGGGACGCCGAUGCUAAGGAAGUCGUUUGCAACGAGAGCUACGACAUCAUCCAAUUCUUCAAUUCCGGCCUCAACGACGUCGCCACCAAUCCCGGAUUGGAUCUUGCUCCUCCGCCCUUGAAGAAACAGAUUGAUCGCUGGAACAAUAUCAUCUAUCCUAACAUCAACAAUGGAGUUUACAGGUGUGGAUUUGCUCAGAGCCAAGAGGCUUAUGAUAGUGCAGCAAAUGAGUUGUUCACUACUUUGGAAAUGGUGGAAGAGCAUUUGGGGAGUAACAGAUACUUGUGUGGGGACACACUCACUCUCGCGGAUGUGUGUCUGUUCACGACGUUGGUGAGAUUCGACCUCGUCUACAACGUGCUCUUCAAGUGCACCAAGAAGAAGCUCCUCGAGUAUCAAAACCUCCAUGGAUACACCAGGGACAUUUACCAGAUGAGUGGAGUUGCAGAAACAUGCAAUUUUGGAGCAAUUAUGGAUGGAUACUACAAAACGCUUUUCCCGCUCAAUCCGAGUAACAUUCGACCAGCCAUUCCUGCAGCAUGCGAACGUGAAGCGCUAGCGAGGCCUCAUAACAGAGAAUUGUUAUCAUUAAACGCCGUCGUGUAGUGUCAGAAUAGCUAUAAAAUACAUGUAUACUCUUGGUCAACUCCCUCAAUUACAUUCCUGGGCCGUCUUUGCACGAGCAAUUUUGAAUGCAAGCAAACACCAAAUUAAAAUAA